ACUCCAUACGACAUGGAUCUCCGAAAUCCGGACAAUAUUUGUUUCGUAAAGUGGCCUAUUCUACUGAUGGCGUUGCUUUUGCACGCUCAUUUACGCUGGAGAUCAAUUUUAUUUCUUCGUUGCUACCUGACAACACAGAUUGGAACUGCCCCCGAAUUUCUUGCAUCCCCUUCUCUAUCUGAUCUGAGGGGCAAAGCAACAGAUAUGGGGGACAGACCACAGUCUGCCGGCGAGACAAAAUCUUCUGGGAAGAAAUCUGCUGUUGAUUCCAAGAGCAAAGGUGAAAAGUCUGGGAAAAAAUCUAAGAAGGCAACCAAAUUGACCUCUCAACUGUACACCCAAGGCAACAAAGUUUGCCUUGAACUGAACAACAAAGGAUACAGAGAAAUUCCCACUUCUAUAUUUGACAUCCGAGAGCUGUCGUGUCUUUUUCUCCUCAACAAUGACAUUGAUCGGCUUCCAGAUGAUCUGACACUUCUAGAAAACUUGGAGGCAUUGGUAUUAACAGGAAACAAUAUACAUGUGGUGAACAGGCAUAUUUUUCAACUGCCAAAAUUACAGGUUCUUGACAUCUCUAAUAAUGAGAUCUCAACCAUUUCUUCUGAAAUAUCCACCCUGAAGUCACUUACUCAGCUUUUACUAAAUGGAAACAGACUAGAGCAAGUGCCCACAACAGUUGGCGAUAUGACGCAGCUUCGUGUAUUGGGCCUGAAUGACAACCUUUUGACAUCACUACCGGAUAGUUUUUCCAAUCUAAAAGAACUGCAGAUUUUAGGGUUAGAGAGAAACCUGCUCGAGUUCUUAAACCCUGUAGUGUGCCAGAUUGAGAGCUUGCGGCGGCUUGGCUUGUCUGGAAACAAGAUGACUAACCUGCCUCAUGAAAUUGAAAGUAUGACAGGUUUGCAACAGCUGCUCCUGGAUGACAACCAGUUUGAAUUCAUCCCCAUCCAGGUAUUCUGGCUCCAGGAGUUGGUGGAAUUGUCAAUGUGUGGCAACAGCCUCACCGAAGUCAUCAGUGACAUUGAGAACAUGACCAAACUCAAGGUCAUCGGUCUCAGCAACAACAAACUAUCUGACCUACCACAGGAGAUGCUAAAACUGACACAGAUUGAGAUUUUGAAUGUGGAUAACAACUUGCUUCCAAGCCUGUCUGAGAACAUAGCUAACCUAUAUUGCAUGAAGGAGCUCAAUCUUGGUUCCAAUUCCCUGACAGAGCUACCUGAUAGUAUAGGGCUCUGCUGUAAUCUCGAGUCCCUCAAUGUGGUGAACAACAAACUGACACAUCUGCCGAUUGAGCUGGGCGAGCUCUUAAAACUGCACACUCUGGUCAUCUCCCAGAACGAGUUCACCUCCAUCCCAGUCUGUGUGGGAGCACUGCGUGUCUUGACAGUCCUUCUCGCUGAAGACAACCAGAUCUCUGAGGUGCCGGAGACAUUUGCUGGUCUCUCAUUUCUCAAACAUUUCAACCUAAGCGUCAACCGCAUCAGCAGCUUUCCCCUGGCUAUUUGCCAGGUGCACUCGCUGGAGGUCCUGGACGUCUCUUGCAACAACCUCGUCGCUAUUCCAGAGGAGAUCUGUCAACUGAACAAUCUGGAGAUCCUAAACCUGAAGGAAAACCUCCUGGAAGAGAUCCCCCCACAACUCUACUGUCUGUCGAAACUGAGAGGGCUGGACCUCUCGGACAAUUCUCUCUCUGAUGUGCCGGAGGAGGUUUCUCUCAUGAGCUGUCUCCGGGAACUAGACUUGUCCAAUAAUAAAUUCUUUGAAUUCCCCAAGACAGUAUUUGCUGUGCCUAGCCUUGAGACUCUUCGCUUUGAUCAGAGUAAUGGCCACAAGAUUCCAAAUCUUCCUGAUGAGAUUGAAUUCUGUAAAGUAAAAGAAUUGAUCGUCAGUAAUAACACACUCAGGACUUUGCCCAAAACCAUUAAUGGUAUGACCAAUUUAAUCUCUCUCUAUGCUGACCACAACGAGAUCUGGUAUCUGCCCGACAGUCUUUGUGAAAUGCAGCAACUGCAACUGCUCCACCUGAACAGCAACCAGCUUACAACACUACCCUUCAACUUUGACAAGCUGAUCUGCCUUCGCGACCUGCGGCUGUAUGACAACCAGCUUAAGGUGCCGCCAAUGGAUGUGUGUGUCAGCGGAGUUAUGCAGCCCAUCGGAUUCUUCCUCAGGAAGGCUUUUGUCAGAGAAGAACUAUUGAUGGAGAGGAUGUUCAAUGCCAUGAAGGAUGACCUGAGUAAAACAGAUCUGCGAGCUCUCCUGAAAAAGCUUAGGAUGCCAGAAGAUCAGACUUUUGAGUUGGAAACGAAGUAUCCUGGUCGGGACCAUUUACCUGAGCGAGUCGUUCAAGGCCUUAGACUCUGGCGGGAACACUUUGGACCAUCUGCCACCAUCGAUGAAUUGAUCAGAAUCACUCACAUUAUAAACUUUGAAACGAUAUCUCUCAAGCUGAAGACAAUGAAGGUUUAUGCUCAAAGGCUUCGUCUGUGAAAAUGUAUGACUUGUACCUUAAGAAAUAUUUUAUUAAAAAGCAGCAUAGUUCUCAGAUCUUUCCCUGUUCUCUUAGUCUUACAAAAGGAAACGGGUAAAAAUGACGUUUGAAAAUUUUAAAAUUGAAAACUGUGUCAAAAGAUUUUAAGUGGGGUUGGGAGGGUGGGGCAGCAGAGAAGAAUCUUAUUAACUUUUGUCAUGUCUAAAUUUUAUGAUGAAGGUUUUUAUGUUAGGAGAAAUCCAUCUUUGUUAAUAUUGUUUUGUAUGCUCAUAUACUCUUUUACAGUAGAGAAGAUCUAUUAUAUGCCCAAGUUUUGAGGAUGAUUUUCUUAUGCACAAAUCUACUUAAAUCUAAAGCUGUCUGCUCCUGUGUUCAUAGAUUGUUGGAGCAAAUGAGAAAUUUUUAUUGUUUAAAAUUAUCCUUUCUUUUAUAAUGAACUAGUCCUUAUGAAAAAACAAAAUAUUUGAGCUGUAUUCCAAAGCAACAAUCCCAGGACUUGUUUUCAAUUACAUAUAUAUUACUAACAGUUUGUUUCACCAUGACCGUUUAAAUUAUAAGUUGCCUUGAAUUCUGUGCCUUAAGGAGCCUUCAAGUUAUUUUUUGUUGUCUUUUACACCUCAUAAUUGACAAAAAAAGCUCUAAUCUUUGGAGCUGUAUAAGAUACAUAUUCAUUAUAUAAAUGUGUUUUUGUUCCAUACAAAGAGUUUAUGGCUUAAGAAAAUAUUGUUUUAACCCUUGUCCUGCGGGGGCCGGGUUUAUGUCGCCCGAUAAGCAUAUUUCGGCACUUCGCCUGCAUUCUGGUCCCAAGUCAGUCUAGCCCCUGGCUCAGCAAUACGUGCGCCAAGCAUCUUCUCACGUGAAAUUCGGGUCCAGCGUCGGAUCCCCAUUCACGCAGGUCAAGUGUGUGUGCGUCAGUCUGCUUGAGUUUGUGUGCAUU